AUGGCGUCCGUCCUCGCGAGAGAAGCCGCCGCUCUGCGCAGGCGCCAAGCGGCUUUCCCCGAGGCCCGCUGCCCGGAGCGCUCUGCGCAGUCGCAGGGGCGCGCCGGGGGUGCUCAGUCUCUCUGCUUGCCCGUGAAAAGCCGCUUCAGCCGAGAGUUUGAGGAGUUUGCGAGCUCUUUUAGAGACCUGGGGAACAGACUCAGGAUGUUACAGACCACCAUGUUGGGGGGAACUCGAGAAUCCUUGAGGGUCUCUUUCUUGGGCAAGUGUUUGUGGAAGACCCUCCAGAGUUGUCCCAUGAGGCCAGGGCGAGCCUGCUGUCAGCGUUCCUGUACGCAGAGGAACAGGAACAAGGCCUUGCACCCCCAGUGGCAGGGCCCCUCCUCUGCACCAAGGGGCAGCCAGCAGUCUCCUAUCGACAUCAAGGGGAGGGACUGUGUCUACGACCCCCGGCUGCAGCCGCUCAGGGUGUCCUACGACGCGGCCACCUGCCUCUAUGUCUGGAACACCGGGUACUUCUUCCAGGUGGAGUUUGACGACUCCACCGGGCGCUCAGGCAUCAGCGGUGGGCCCCUGGCAGACCACUACCGACUGAAGCAGUUCCACUUCCACUGGGGAGUGGUGGGCAAGAGGGGCUCGGAGCACACGGUGGACGCCCACGGGUACCCAGCCGAGCUCCACUUAGUUCACUGGAAUUCUGCGAAAUACCAGACCUACCAGGAAGCCGUCCUGGGAGAAAACGGGUUGGCUGUGAUAGGCGUGUUUUUGAAGCUGGGCGCCAGGAACAAGGAGCUACAGAAGUUGGUGGACGUCCUGCCGAAAAUAAAGUAUAAGGACACACGGGCAGCCCUGAGCUCCUUCCAGCCCGCUGCCCUGCUGCCCUCCUGCCCGGACUACUGGACCUACCCAGGCUCCCUCACCACCCCUCCGCUGACAGAGUCUGUCACCUGGGUCAUCCACAAGCAGCCCGUGGAGGUGGCUCCAGAGCAGCUGUCAGCGUUUAGGACGCUCCUAUUUUCCGCCCUUGGUGAAGAAGACAAGGUGAUGGUGGACAACUACCGCCCACUUCAGCCUCUGAUGGACCGCAAGGUCCAUGCGUCCUUCCAGCCACUCAACAGGACACAAGCAGCUCUUCUCCACGUUAACGAGCAGAACUGA